GGGGUCGGACCCAUCCUGGGACGUUCCUCCGUCCCCGGUAAUCCCGGGCUCUCCCGUCGGUCACUCCCUCCAGAAGGCCCCAAGAGCCACCAAGGGCCGGGCUGCCCCGAGGCCUGUUUGGGAUCAUUCUACCGACGGGGAUACUGAGGCAGCCGGGACUUGGGGUGGGGAGAGAGGCUCGUCCCCCCAGGACACCGGCCUGUGAGAGGGAGGCGGGCCGCAGGCGUGGGUUCUCCGGCCCUCACUCAGGGCCAGACAGUGGCGGGGCUGGGGGAGGGGCGGGGCUUUCCUUAGAGGAGGGUGGAGGGGAGAGGCCGCGCUUCUCCGGGGCGGGGCAGUGUGUUCGGGUGCGCGGGGGGCAGCCGGCCUCAGCCAGCUUUCCCGUAACCUACCCGGACCUAUACCCUCCGGGGUCUACCCAGAGCCCACGGACUAGACAGUUUCCUCGCCUUCACUACGGCCCGGAAGUGAUUACAAAGCCGGAAGUGACCCACAAUCACUCCCCUCCAGCCUCAGGUCCCGCCCCCGGCCCGGGUUCAGAGGAAGAUGCAGCUGCCGCCGGGGCUACUGGCUCGUCUGGGUCCGGGUCCGCCUGGGGGCUCCUCCGAGUCGUCCCCAUCCCCGGUGCUCCAACUGCCCGUGUCCCGCCACCCUAUCGCCGGGGCUGCCCCCUUCCGCUUCGUGCCUCGGGCCCAGAGCCUGCCUCGGGGACAUCCGCUGUUUGAGGAUGGGGAUAUCCAGAGACAUGCAUACCUGCAGGACGUGGUGCAGCGCGUGUCGCAGGGCCCCGAGCCCGGGCGGACGCUGCCCGCCUUCGGCUGCUCAGUGGCCGGCUGCCCGCAGCUCUUCGAGAGCCUGGAGGCCUUCGAGCACCACUACCGGGUGCUGCACACGCACGUGUGUGCCUCCUGUCGCCGCUCCUUCCCCUCUGAGCGGCUGCUGGACGCGCACGUGCUCGAGUGGCACGAUGCCCUCUUCCAGCUGCUGGCCGAGCGGCAGAGCAUGUACCAGUGCCUGGUGGAGGGCUGCGCCCUGAGGUUCGCCAGCAGCCGCCAGCGCCGGGAGCACCUGAUCAGCACCCACCGCUACCCCCCAGACUUCCGCUUUGACCAGCCCCGGAAGGCGAGGCGCCUGGGUCAGGGGCAGCCCGGGAAGGGACUGGAGGGGGCACCGGCCCAGCUCCAGCAGCAGCAGCAGGAGCAGCAGGAGCAGCAGGAGGCGGCGGAGGCCAUGGAGGUGUGCCCCUCCGCCCAGGAAGUGCCCUCAGCCCCUAAACGCACCUACAGUCGCCGAAUCCCAUCCACCAUUUGCUUUGGCCAAGGUGCAGCUCGAGGGUUCAAGAGCAAAGAAAAGAAGCGACUUCCGCGCAGUGAGACCCCCCUGAGUGAGACCUCUGGGGAGUGAGACCCCUGCUGAGUCCAGGGGAAGCAGCCCCAGAGGUGGCGCCGAGUGUUAACUUACAGGAAGGCAAAAACUAGAGUAGAAGGAGCCAGAAGAAACCAAGGCUGGCUGCCGGGGAGGUGGUGCAGACAGACCCGCGCCUUGGGCUGCAUAUUCCCUCUGGAGCUGGUAUAGAGUCCCGCUCGCCUCCUUCCUCUCACUCCCAUGAGAAGGGACAGAUGGAGGCCCCGCCUCCUCGGCCUCUACCACCUGCCCAGGGCUGCCCCGCCAGGGGUCUGGCUAUCUCUGCAGCUACCUUCCAGGGACUUCUCCCUAACCCUUGAGCCUGAAAUAAAGUCUUGAUGAGA